AUGUUUGACAUUCCAUACCUGGAGCUGGCAGAGCCAGAUGAGGGAUACCACGGGCUGAUCCGAGAGAACGAGACCCUGGUGGAAGUAAGGCCUACGAUACGUGCGCGAGGGCCUCUCUGUUCUUUCCUCAUCUUGAAUAACAAGCAUCAUGGUGAAGCUCCGUUUGAGAUUAUGGUAAUAGACGAGAACGAAGCGCGAUUGAGAGUACGAUAUCCUCUUAACUGCGAAAAGAGACGAAACUACAAGUUUGACAUCGCUGCAGUCGGUUGUGACGGCUCAUAUUCCAAUACUGUCCCAGUUCAUAUAACGGUAACGGACGUGAACGAAUUCGCGCCAGUUUUCAGCCAAUCUGCCUACGUGCGAUCCGUUGAUGAAGGCAAAAUAUACGAUGAAAUUGUAAAAGUCGAAGCCACCGAUCGCGACUGUACUCCUCGAUAUGGAGACAUUUGCAAAUACGAAAUUGUCACGGAUAAAAGCCAGCCAUUCACUAUCGACAAUAAAGGCGUGAUUCGAAACACAGAAGUCUUGGAUUACGAGAAGUCUCACAAUCAUAUCCUAUCGGUAGUGGCGUAUGAUUGUGGAAUGAUGCAGUCUGCUCCAGUUAUGGUAACAAUCAAAGUUAACAAACCCUGCAGAGCUGGAUGGAAAGGAAUCGCCGAGCGCGUAGACUACGCCCCGGGCACUGGACCUCUAGCUCUGUUCCCCGCUGCUCGACUAGAAGCCUGCUCGAGUGACGAACGCUGUCCCGGAGUGACUAGAAUCCAAGCUGCUGUCACGUUACAAGCUUCACGUGCUGGAGUCGCGUGCGAUAGAGACACUUACACAUUGCACGCACAAAAAUCUAUCUGUGGUAUGGAAGCGAAGACGAUCGAUCUACUGCCAAGUCCUGGAGUCGGCAACGAAUGGACCAAGUCGUUGAAACCGGAUUCAGGGCGCGAUGGUGAACAAAUGUUCGAGUUUGACGGUGAAUCGACAUCCGCUGUGGUUCCGGAGUCGGUGAUGAAGCACUCUCUCGGCAGCACCUUCUCCGUCUCCACCUGGCUACGUCACGCACCACCACCAGACCAUGACAAGCACCGCAAGGAACACAUCCUGUGUCUCGCUGAUGAUCACAAAAUGAACAGACACCACUACGCGUUGUUCGUGCGAAACUGCCGACUCAUACUCCUUCUGAGAAGAGACUUCGGUGAGGGUGACCUGAACAUCUUCAGACCUGCCGAAUGGCGCUGGAAGCUACCGGAGGUUUGCGACGACGAAUGGCAUCACUACGCGGUGAACGUCCGUUUCCCCAACAUUGAGCUGUACGUGGACGGUGAACUGUACCGUGCAUUGGAUGGAAAGGGCCCAGAAGUCAUUGACGACUGGCCACUGCACCCCGCUCAUGGCAUCAACACCACGCUGGUCGUUGGAGCUUGCUGGCAAGGAACUGAGAAUGACAUGAAACACCACAUGCACGGAUGGAUGGCAGGUCUUGGGGUGGUUGAGGGUGAAGUACAGUCUCCUGCGGCUCUACGCUGUGCUGCCAGAUGUAGGGAGGGACUAUCCCUAGCUCCAGAUCUAUACCUCAAAUCCGUAUCUGUGGAAGGAGAUGGCGCUUCAGAAGUAGAGACACUUGUGCGUCGCGUAGCAUAUGGUGACGCGCGCGCAUUCCCCACACCUGGUAGAAGAAAUGUACACUUAGAUACAACAAUUACGUGUGACAACGGCCGCGUCAUCAAAGCCAGACCCGCUGAAUCAUACGUGAUGGUACUCUCACCCCAGACUCCCACCAUCCUUCUUAAUGGAAGCUCUGACGCUGCGAGAGAUUACGCCCACUUCAGAGUCGGUCUCUCUGUCUUCCCAGACUUGGAAGUUAAAGUUUUGUCGCGGGACAGAGAUUCUCUUAGAGAAGCCGACACCCAAAAGCUGGAUUCCUGCGUGGUUUCCGUCUACCCGGCGUUGAACCCAGACCACGAAGCGCUCGCUCUACGCGGUCACUCGGUUCUACCUGCAUCUGACAUCCAAGCGACACUAACGAGAGACGGCGUAAGCCUGACCGGAGCUGACACAGUUCAUAAUUACCAGAAGGUGCUCCGUGAAAUUGAGUACAGCAACAAGAAACCAGCCUACUACCUGAACCGCGUCUUCAAGCUCACGUGUUCCGAGCUUAACGGACGCUUCACCAGCAACGAAUACGUACAGACGCUGACAGUUGUACACCCUCGCGCCCUUGGCGAUGUGCACGCGCAGAGACCCAGCGGACUGGCUGAUAAAUUGGAUGCUGUGGUUCGAGAUAAGACGCCAGAGGCCGCUGUGGCCGCGCAGGUGCCCCGCGCAUUCGCUGCGCAUGCUUUGCACUCCAUACACGCCGCGGACGUGCCAUCCGCGCGCUUGCUUGAGAUACACCACAAUGAGAAUAACAACGUCGCACUGGUGAUAGGCGCCGUGUGCUUCGGCGCUGUGGUAGUCCUAAUAGCGCUCGGUAUCGCCCGCGCACGCGCAUCGCGUCACGAUGUGACGUCACGUGACGCGCGCGCAACGGUCGCGCGACACCGCGUGCCGGCACAUGACACCGAAAUGGCGUGGGAUGAUUCCGCCCUCACCAUUACUGUUAACCCAAUGGAUGAGAGCGCAACAGAAUGCGGUGUCCCCGGAACCCCGGCGGGUCCCAGCGGCGCUGUGGACAGCUCCGACGAGACCUGCUCCGAUUCGGACUCCGACAGACACGACUCCUCAGAUGAAGAUGAUGAUGUGAUACCAGGAAAGCAGCACAAAUACAGAAACAUAAGCCAGUUAGAGUGGGACAACAGCACGAUGUAA